AUGAAAUUGGCAAAGUCGGAUGUUACUAAAAUAAUGAACCAAGGUUCUCCGAUGAUUGCCAGAAUGUCUUUAAAACGAACUGCUAUCGUUGAAAUAGUUCGAGCCGACUCUCCGUCCUCACUAUUCGUAAGACCCAUAAACCAUAUAUCCGAAAAUCUGGUGUAUAAAGAACCAAUAAAUUUAACCCCUCUCGUGCAUAUACAAGAACGAGAUUUUGCUUUGGCUCCAAUUCGAAAUCGAGAAUUUGGCAGAUGUUUGAUCCUAAAAUACUUCCCUCUUCGAAAUUGCGCAAAAGUGUUUUUCAUUGAUUUUGCAAAAACAUGUUAUGUUAAUGUGUCCUGUUUGUGUAAAAUCGAUGACGAGCAAUGUUUCUAUCCUUGGCAAAUAAUGCAUGUUUCAUUAGGACGCCUCUCGCCGCUUUCGGAAAAUGGGUAUACAACAGAAAAUUGCGAGCGAUUUCGAGAAAUUUUAAGCAAUUUUGAUUUGUUUGAAAUCGCAGCUUGUGAAUAUGAUAUGGAUUCUUCAACUGAUAGAGGAACACUUAUCGUUAAUUUGCGCGGGCUUACUGAUGUUGAUACAAUUGAGACAACUUCAGUGUGCAUUGAAAAUAUUCUGGCAGCAAUGUGUUCUGAUGUUUCAGUCACAGUGUUUCCCGGGAAUAUAUUUCAGAAUCCGGAAAUCGAUAAUUCUGAUUCAAUAGAGGAUAUCGUGAUUGACGAAUUUGGGGAAAAGUUUCCAGAAGAUUGGAAAAGUGAACUUCAAACUAAUAAUGAUGAUGAUGAAGAAUGGAAGAUCGGAAACUCGAUAGAAUUUUAUAAUCGAGAAAUUAUUGAAUCGCUACGAGACCCAGAAACAGGCUAUAUCGUCGGUUUUGUAGACGCACUUACAAUUGUUUCUCCAUAUGAAUUUUAUAUUCGGCCAGUUCGAAAACCUGAAACCUAUAAUGAAGACGAAAAUUGGCUGCUUGAAAGUAUGAACGAGCUCGUAGAAUAUUCGCAACAACUCGACAGUUUCUAUAGACAAGUUGAAAAUCAAAAACCUUACAGUUUGAACGAAAUGACAGAGUUUUUAAAAAAUGGCCGGCUUUUCGGAAUGUGUCUGAUGCCAAGCGCCAGACCAAAUAUGAAAGGAUUUUGGAGACGAGUUGAGAUAUUAGAAGUUGGCAAUGAAUUAGCAUCGUUGAGAAACAUUGAUUACGGUGGAUCCUGUAAUGUCAAAAUUCGGAAUUUGCAUAGAAUUCAUAAAAGCCAUUGCUCACAACUUCCAUUCUCUCUAAAGUGUAAGAUUACAUCAAUAUCGGAGUUAGAAUUCUAUCAUGAAAUGGAAACACGAUAUUAUCCGGAACAAGUAUUUUGGUGUGUUGAAAAUCGGAAAGUCUUCGAGAAACUGAUUCCAUCCGACGUCCCAAUCGAAAUUGGACCGACUUUUGAAAUUCGUUCACUAAAUGAAUUAUUUGCGCCGGAUUUGCGACUGAUGGGCUCGCACAUCUCGAUUAUUGAAAAUUUUGUGGAACAGGGACAAGAUUUUCCAUCGGCAGCGUAUUCUUCUGCGCAAGACAAAUGGCUUGGCAGAGAUCACUUAAUUACUCCAACCAUUUUGAAAGCUUUCGGCAAUUCAAUAAAUGGAAAAUCCGUUUUAGAUGUCGGCUGCGGAAACGGUCAUUAUUCGAGAGAUAUGAUCAAAUGGGGUGCUGCUAGAGUAGUAGGAAUUGACAAUUCAGAAGAAAUGAUUGCGUUAUGCCGAUCUAAAGAUACAUCUGAUAAUCGAGUUCGAUAUGAAUUAGCAGAUAUUUCAAACUUUUGCAUCAACUCACAGUUUGACAUCGCUACCGCUUUCUUUGUGCUCCAAUUUUUGCACGAUAAGGAAAAACUGAAAAAGGGAGGUGUUCUGUACGGUCUCGUGCCAAACGGAAUUGCCGAAAUUCGACCAACGCCGCUUAUGGGCCAAAAAUUGGGAGCAUCUCUUGAGAAAGAUCCUCAAUCGCCAUUCAUCGACGGUGAACUUGUAAAAGUUAAUUUCUACGAAAAUAAUGUGGUAUGUGGAAAUGCUAUAAUUGCCCUUCAUUCAAGACAAUUCUACGAGCAAAGCUUCAAAGAAGCUGGAUUUUCAAAAGUAGAAUGGAUUGAGCCUCAUUUCACAAAUCAUGCAAUUGAGGUAUUGGGAAAAGAAUUUUGUGAUAUGUAUCUCAAUCCACCGUGCGAUAUUAUGUUUAAAUGUACUUUGUACUCGGAAAUGCGCGUUUUCCUUCUCCUGGCAUGCGUUGCCGGAACAUCAUUCUCUUGGAGCUUCCUUGAUAAUAUAUCCAGAAGAAAUAACAACAACGAUGAUAACAUAGCAGUAGAUGCUUCUGCUCCUGCAGUUCAGGCUCCAAACUUCUGGAAUAGCUGGCAGAACAGCUCGUUAGUGCAAGGUGGAAUUAACCUUUACCAUCAAGCCAAAAAUGGAACACUUGAGACGCCAGACUUUGUCCAACACAUUGCUAAUUCGUCAUUCGGACAGGCUGUUCAAAAUGGAAUCAAUCAUUUCACAAAUGGAAACAACAGCCAAGAAUUGUUGUCGCAGGUUCAACAACAGUAUCUCCAAUCGGUGCCAUUCUUGGCCAACGCUUCGCCAGAGGCGAUCCAAGAAUUCUUGGCGAUGGCUCCUUUGGCGCUGAACACCACCAUUGCCGAUUUCGAGGUUAUGACGCAAGAAUGGGCGACCAAAUACAAUUUGACUGAAUACUUGAAUGAGUUCAACAAUCACACAAAACAUACUGUCGAGGAAGCCGAGGAGAAAGCUAGAAUUGCCAUCAGUGCUCUCCCAUCUGUUCUUGAUAACAUCAAGGCAAUCGUCAACAAUAAGAAUCAGACGGUUAUCGAAAUGCACACCGCCGUCACAAACUACGUGGAAUCCUUGGACAGUCUCACUCAAGAUCUUGUCGAAAUCUUCUUCCAAGUACUUCUUCCACCAGAGUUAAGAAGACCAAAAUGUGGUGGAAGCUUCUUUGGAAAUAUGAUGCAGCAAGCGUCUAGCUUCAUUUCGGGAUCAAACUCAGAAGAAGUAGCCAACGGCAUUGCCAAUAUGCCAAUCAUUCGUCACUUCCUUCAGAGUAACAACAUGACGGAUGAUGAAGUCAAUUCGUUCUCAGCUCAAGCUCAAAACUUCCUCUCAGUGUUGCAAGGGAAUGGAGCUCAAAUCCAAGGAUCCCGCCAAACGAUGCAAGCCGAAGUUUUGCCGGCGUACGAAGAAAUUGAAGAAGAGACAGUAACCAAGAAGAACAAGAAGAAGAACAAGAAGAAGAACAAGAAGAACAAGAAGAAUAAGAAUAAGAAGAAUAAGAAGACGACGCCAAUUCCAGACUAUGAGGAUGAGGACGAAUAA